AUGUCUCUCCCACCUGAACGCAUCCGCAUCAAGCGACGAAGAGAAGAUGAACCGGUAGAGACAUUGUCUUUACCACCAUGCCUUGCGCUGCUCUCUAUCUAUACAGACAUCCAAUCUGAUAUCCACCAGCCUAAGAGGCGGUUCACAGACUACGUUUUUCAACGCGUUAUUCUGCAUAUUGACAAUGAAAAUAGCCAAGAUGGCCCUAAGGGCGGCCCGGCGCCUGAGUCUCAAGCCAAGGGGCGGGCCCAGGGCAAUCGUGCUGUAACCGUCAGCCAUCACACUACUAGGGCGUCCAGUACUGCAGUGAACAGCUCGGGAAUUCCCGUUAUCACAACGCCGUCUAUGCGUAGCGAUGAGGCUAAAUCAAAGCAGAAACAGCUCAUCACUACAGAUAGAGAUGAGCAUGAUAGCACCGAUAUCGAGUCGGCUAGAAGCGACUCUCCAUCAUUGUCAACCUUGUCUAGCGUACCUAAAGUUGUUUCUGCCGUCAAAAGGCCAGCCACCGCACAACCAAGCGGCUCAUCUGUCCGUCGUUUCCACCUCGAAGCACCAAGCAAUACUGAGGACCCAGCCGAUACUUUGGACGUACUUCACCGAAUUCAUGGAGGUGUUCAAAAGAAGAGAUUGAGGAGAAGUUCCAGCUAUCGGCCUGUUGUUGUGGAGAAUAUUGCAGUUUCGAACAAAACGGCCCUUGACAAGUCAUCGAUCUCGGCUAAGGGGAGGCGCGCGGAUGUCCAAGGUGGCCCUGGUGAGACUGAGAUAUCUAAUACCACUAUAGACAAGCGUCAUAUGCUUUCCGGAAACCGUGAAGAUUCGUCCAAAUUAUCCCGGUCCCAUCAGCUGGACAAAGAGACCAGGAAGGGAGAAUCAGUACUUGAAGACCCUAGUACAUGGGACCUUGACUCUGAUAAUCUUGCCAACGAAUUGGCACGCAUUGCGUUGGAGAUGACAAAUAGUGCUGAGCCGCCCGAAGAGGCUCGCUCAGUCACAAAAGCGACUACAUCUCGUGCGACCCCGCAAAAACGGCCUUUGAAGUAUAAACCACGAUUGCCCAAAACACCUCGUACUGGACACCAAAGUAAUGAGCAAGGCGAAGCCUCCAUAUCAGCUACCAGCAAGACAGAUGGGGCAAUUAAAAACAGCAUGGAUCUAAACAAUAAGGAUAUUGGUACUAAUAGUCAACUUGACUGUCGCCAUAUCUCUGAUACCCCAGAGAAUCAGAUAACGUCUGCGCAAGAUGAGGACUCUGAUUCUGGCUAUGUUUUCGACGAGUUUAUCAGGCGACCUGUGCAUGAUGUUGUUGCCGACCCAAGUGUUUCCUAUUUUCAAGACGGAAAAUGGAUUGAAGGAUGCGAAUUUCCGAAAGAUGUGGGCGUCGUGGUCAUCACACAAGGUGACUCGCACUUCUGGGAUGCUAUCGCGGAAGAUGACGACGAGAAGGACUGGGAUACAGAGGAUGAGGAUUCGAAUGAGCUUCUUGCUUAUUUCUUUAAUGUAGCUGAGGACAAUCCUGCGAACGAGUAUCCAGAUGAGGAUCUUGACUUUGACGAUGAAUACUGUGAUAACAACGCGAUUUAUCGGCGUUUCCGUGUAAAUGCAUCUGACGAUGAGGAGUAUGACACUCUAGAUUACGAUACAUGCAGCUAUCGUACCUACCCCUGCAAUAUGCUUAGUGAUAGUGACUCGGACCCUUGA